UAUGGAAUGAUUCGUUGAAUUUCAUUACAUUUAUACCCCUCUGUUUAAAAAGAUGUAUAUUUGAAUUUUAUACACGUUAAAAUACAUAUUAAAUUUUGAUUAUAAAUAUAUUAUUUUCUGUAAUUAUCUAUUUUUUAUAACACUAAAUUAACAUAAAUUUAUCACAGACAAUUAUUUUUUUCAAAGUUUAGAAUUUAUUUUUAUGACAUAAUAAACAUGCAUAAAAACGUAAAAUUUUAUUUUUGAAACAAAUUUCUUCGCAUCUUUUUGGAGAAAGUAUUUCGUGAGAAACUAGUUACACAGUUAUUUCAUGAGUUAUCCAUUGGUUCAAAGCUCUAAUGAGCUCGACUCUAUUCACAUAUGUUUUCAGAUAACUUUUUUUGUGACCAAGAGCUUGGUAUCAUGGUUUCAACCUCACAAGUUAUAGCAAAUAUAUAUGGCCGUUUUAAAUUCUUUAGAAAGUAUAGACAAUUUGAUGACAAAAAGACAAUUUGUCUUAUGGAGUUAUGGUUCGUUCCUUUGUUGUAUGGUCGAAGAACUGCUUUAGGUCUAAAACCAAAUUUGUAUUGUUAAAAAGUAAUCAAGGCUAUAAAUCUUAUAUAUUGAGUUACGUAGAACCAAAUUAUGAAACGGUCAUGAUUGUAAUAUAACAUCUUAUAAAAAUGAUUAAAGUAGAAGGAUCACUUCAUACUUACUUGACUUAUAACAAAAGAGGAUAUAUUUUGAGCGUUACGUACGGAGGUUUCUAAAUUACUUGGAAACCAAACAACUCGUUUUUCAAAUACCGUAGAGAAAUUGAUGGCGACGCGCGCCGUUUGCUUCAUAUUGUGAUUCCUUAAACCACAAUGAAGCUUUCUUCUCUUUAUCCAAAACCUUAAAACAUAUAUAUACACACGUGCACACUUAUAGAAUCAUCAAAAAGAAUCUUUCACCGGAAGUUAAUACGUUCUUAAUUAAGCUUUUAUAUCAUUCCAGUAAAAACAAACAUACAAAUGGCAUCGUCUCUAAGCUUGGUUCACAUCUUUACCAUCCUUGUAACAAUUACCAUGUCCCGUUUUGCUCAGUUUGACGCAAGAACAAGUCUUAACGUUCUGAGUUUCGGGGCGAAACCAGACGGAGUUGUAGAUUCCACAAAAGCCUUUUCGGAUGCAUGGGACUCAGCGUGUCGAGUGGAAGACUCGGCCAUGAUUUACGUGCCAAAAGGAAGGUAUUUGAUUGGUCGGGAGCUUCGUUUUGAAGGAGAAAGUUGCAGAAGCCGUGAGAUAACCCUAAGGGUCGAUGGAACUUUGAUUGGUCCUCAAGAUUACAGGUUGCUUGGGAAAGAACAAAAUUGGUUCAGUUUUGUUGGUGUUCACAAUGUUACUGUUCUUGGAGGUUCUUUUGAUGCUAAAGGAUCCACACUAUGGAGUUGCAAGGCCAAUGGUCAAAACUGCCCUGAAGGUGCAACGACACUGAGAUUCAUGGACUCUUACAACGUCAAGAUCAUAGGAGUAUUGUCGUUGAACAGUCAAUUGUUCCACAUAGCAAUCAACCGAUGCAACAAUGUAAAGAUUGAGGAUAUCCGCAUCAUAGCACCAGAUGAUAGCCCCAACACUGAUGGAAUUCACAUUCAGAAAUCGACUGACAUCGAGGUCAGAAAUGCUUCUAUCAAAACUGGAGACGACUGUAUAUCUAUCGGACCUGGUACAAAGAACUUGAUGGUAGAUGGAAUCACCUGUGGUCCUGGUCAUGGAAUCAGCAUUGGUAGCUUAGCGAAGGACCUAGAGGAGGAAGGCGUGGUAAACGUGACAGUGAAGAAGGCAGUGUUCGUACGAACGGACAAUGGGCUAAGGAUAAAGUCGUGGCCACGUCAUAGCAAAGGAUUCGUGGAGAGGGUUCGGUUCUUAGGGGCUCUUAUGGUCAACGUCUCCUAUCCUAUCCUCAUCGACCAGAACUAUUGCCCUGGCGAUUCUUAUUGCCCUACUGAGGAGUCGGGAAUCAAAAUAAACGAUGUAAUAUACAGUGGAAUCAUGGGAACAUCGGCCACAAAAGUUGCUAUAAAGAUGGAUUGCAGCGAGAGAUUCCCAUGCACUCAGAUACGAAUGCAGGCAAUUAAUCUAACUUAUCGCGGUGGAGCAGCAACGACUUCUUGCAUCAAUGCUUCCGGUAAGCAACUUGGUUUGGUUAUACCCAACGGAUGUCUCUGAUCGGACUCUAUUCGUUUUUCUUGACCAAGACUUGUAAAAUCAAACAUCAUACUGGUCCUAUAGAAACUGAAUGUAAUUUAUUAACACACAUUAUGGGUUUAUAUACUUUAUAACCCUUGUAAAUAAUUCUUUGUAUAUAUACAUCAUGUGGUUGUAACUACUGUCUACUUACAUGUAAAUAAAUAAAAAGGAGCUCAGCAGUUUCACGCAAACGAAUCAUUGUCGCAAUGCAUGUGUUCUAAACUAAGGAAUUCGAAACUCUACAAAAAUGGAAUUAACGAUUUGAAGAGUACUCCAAAUCAAUGCUAAUGAUUAAUAUAAAAAUGAGAAAAACGCAGCCCACCAAUCCAAACAGCCGUACCAAAUGUUCAAAAAGAGGAAAAGAUUGAAUAAAUUACAUAAACUAUUCAAAAAAGGAACUGCCAGAGUGUUUGACAUGUUUAUAAGUAGGCUACACCUCCUCUUCAAUAAUCCAAUACCACCAAAAAUGCAUACUAAGCACUCAUUAUCACGAACUGAAAAACUACUCACAUGAUUUUCACGGACAAGUGUUCGUAAUAACAUGGUAUCAACAUCAGUACUACCAAAGGCCGCAGAAAACAACAUGAUGUACAAGAAUAUCAAUUUAAACCAUAGGAAGAUAAAAUAAGGAGAGUAGAAGUUAAAUAAAAUGGAAAUAAAAAAUUGGACACAUUUACUAGUUCCUCAUGCAAAAUAAAAUUACAUCAUUAGUCUCAUUUCAACCACUAGGUAAAAGAAAACUGUGAGACGCAUAAAAAAUUACGAUUUGAUAAUAAUUAAAAUAGUACAACGUUAGAAAUAUAUUUGACAACAAAUAAAGACCAAAACACCUCAAUAAUAUUUUUAAAAUCAAAUAAAUAUAAUUAUUCUGCCAAACUCCUAAGAUAUAUAGAUAUUUCUAAAAUGUAUGUUUAUUUAUCCAACUCAAAUUUUAGAGGGUUUCAAACAAAUUCACGAAUGUUUUCUAAAUUUCUUUUCUUAGAAAAUCGUUUUUGAGAUUUUUUAAACUAGACAACAUUUAUCUUAUAUA